UAAUUUAAUGCAUAUGUUGCAUUAAAAGAGCUUUGAAACUGCCACUGUUACUAAUUCUUGCACCAAAUGCAGCAGCAGGAGCAUCUUCUUAUAUAUGAAAGCACACGGUUUCUCUAUAUUGGACAAGCACAUACAGAUGCAAUCUCACACCAACACUCACAAAGGGAGUACCAGUACACAGAUGAAGAGAGGAAUCCUUGAAGUACUUCUUGUUCAUGCUAAAGGCAUGAAGCACACAAAUCUCAUCGGUCCACCAGUCUAUCAUGUCAUCAUACAAUGUGGAUCUCACGUGCACAAAAGCAAAGCAUCAUCAGGCAAAGAUGAAAAAACAUGGUGGAAUGAGAAAUUCAGGUUUGACUUCCCAUUAACUGAUUGGAAACAGUUGACCCAUCUAAAAUUCAGAAUCAUGGACCAGGAAUUCUUCACUGAUGGUGGAUUUGUCGGUGAAACCAUAAUUUACCUUGGAGGAAUAAUAGAUGAGGGGAUUAACAGAGGAAUUCUAGAAAUGAUGCCAGCUCCAUAUAAUGUGUUGCUUGAAGAUGACACCUACAAAGGAGAGAUAAAGAUUGGACUCAAAUUCAUUGCCAACACAGAAGUGCUCCCAGAGAGGACAUUCCUUGCACAGGUGAAUGAACCAAGACAACUGAUAUGCAGAUCCAUUAUAAAUCUCUGGAAAUUCUCAUGGUGGAAGUUGUGGCCUCAUCAUAGUCAGAGGAGUACUAAAAAUAAGACAGAGGAGGAAUAAGAUGGAUCAUAAUCCUGAAUUGUAGUCCUAGGAAUAACUUGGUUGCGAAAUGAGUAAGAUGAAUUUAACCUGUGGGAUUUGGAUCAUAUUUUGGUUAUCAAUUUGGGAAAUGUUUCCCUGCUUGAAAUUCAUUUAGAAAAUUAUCAGAUUCUGUUCUUCAUUGUAGCAGCCAUAUAUUGAUUUAUAAGCGAGCAACGUCAGGUUUCAGGGUUCUCUCCCCAUGUUACAUAUGUGGCCAGCUCAAAAUCUUUUGAAUAGUUAGUUUCUGUUAGUCGUUAUAUUGGUGACAAUGAGCAACAGGACCCAAGACUGGAGCUUGCGUCUGUCCAACAGCUGAAUGGACAUUGGUCAGAUUUGCUUAGGAUCCCUUUCUUCUUUUUUCUUA